AAGCACUUGAUUAGUAUUGUCUGCUUUAAACUAUCUUUUUCAUCUAUCCAGGUAAUCCAUUACGGAAAAAUACCCACCACCUUUUUGUCGGUGCAGGUGGUAUCUCCAUAAAAUUUCUGCACCAAUCACAGAUAGCAUAGCUUGAAGUGUAUAAGUAUCUAUAUCGAGGGUUUCUCUUGACAUCCAAAUCUCUUCAAACAACAAUUGCUUGCUUUGCAUACUCGACGAUCAUGUAUUCGCUCAUCCCGAUCCUUUCCUUAGCCGCCGCCCUUCUAGGGGGAGUCUCUGCCGCUCCAGUGUUAGAGGCACGAGCAGCCGCCAGAACUUCUGCUCCAUCCGGUGCGGUCGUGGUCGACAAGACUGGUGCUACACCAGGGUCAUACACCACCUUCCAGCAAGGAGUAGAUGCUCUCUCUACCACCACCACAGCUAAUCAAUACCUCUUCAUCCACCCCGGUGUUUACACUGAACAAGUCUACGUCCCGGCCCUUCAAUCCAACCUCACAAUCCAGGGCUAUACCGAAGAUGCAACCACAUAUGCUGGUAACCAAGUCACUCUUACCUACAACCUUGCUCUCAUAAAUACUACCAACGAUGAUUUGACAGCUACUUUACGUCAAUGGAACAAGAACACCAAAGUCUACAACCUCAUCAUCAAAAACACAUUCGGGCACAUCAACUCAAAUGGUCAAAACCUCGCUAUUUCUGCACGUAAGACAACCGAUUUACUAUUCUAACCUACAUCAUGAACUAGGUUCUUUGCCAGGAUUCAUCUUCUCUAGCACCUCACUUUUAGACACAAUUACUAACUUUUGUUGUUCAUAGACACUAAAAACCAAGGAUACUACGCUACUCAAUUCAUUGGAUAUCAAGAUACCAUCUUGGCCAACACCGGUACUCAACUCUAUGCCAAAUGUCUCGUCGUCGGUGCCAUCGAUUUCAUUUUCGGACAGACAGCUCAAGCCUGGUUCGAGAACAACGAUAUCCGUACUAUUGCCGGUGGAAGUAUCACAGCUUCCGGACGUUCCUCCGACUCUAACCCAUCUUGGUAUGUGAUCAACAACUCAAACGUGGACAACAUCAAUUCCACCGUCGCAACAAACAAGAACUACUUGGGACGCCCAUGGUCAAACUAUGCAAGAGUCGUUUUCCAAAACACCUACUUGGGAAGUAACAUUAAGGCUGCUGGCUGGAGUACUUGGUCUACUAGCACCCCAAACACUGAUCACGCUGUUUUUGAAGAGUAAGUUCUCAUUUCCAUCUUUCCGAUCUCCUUCAUUGAGAUCUUCUCAUUUUCCUGCCUCAAUCCUGUCACCAUCUUGACGCUCCAUCCAUUCUCUCAUUUUUCCUCCCCCUACAGGAAAUACACUAACCACCUUCCAGAUACAACAACUCAGGACCCGGUGCCGCUGGACCCCGAGCAAGCUUCAGUUCUUCCAUCACUUCACCCAUUGCCAUUGAAACAGUAUUGGGAAGUGCAUACUUGAAUGAAUGGUGGGUUGAUGCCAGUUACUUGUAAGGGGAUAGCGAUGAAUGGAUGGAUGGAGGGAGGGGGAGAAUCCAAAGAUGUAAUGGUGGAGUUGAAGCGCGAAGAUGUUUAGUUGAUGAAUUUAUGAUUAGUUAUUCACUUUUGUUUUAAUUUUUCCGUUUUAUGAUGAUAUGGUGAUGGAUUUGUUAAUAUGCAAUUUCACAGUUUGUUCGUGAAAAUAGUAACCCAUUAUAGGAAUGAUGGGGUCAGAGAGAUAUUAGCAUAUUUCUUACUUAGGAUAAUUGAAUACGUAACUACUAAAUAAAUAAUCCCCCUCUAAC